UUACAAUAACUACCAAGGCCCAUUAAUCGUCGCUGCUAAGACUCGACGCUCUCCGACUCCACCCACAGCGUGUCGAGGAAUUCCCAACACGCCGAGGAAUCCUUCGUGCGCUCCCUGCCUGCGCCUUGUCGUGUCUUCCUCCCUUCCCCCCCCUGGUCACUUGUCAGCGCCCAGGGCCACGAGUCCUUUCACCACCACACCUGAAGUCGCCGGACUGUUGCUCUCUCACCUAUCUUUCGCACACAAACACACACAACUCCUUACACGCCGCCUUGCAAGCCAAGCAACACUCUAUUCUCACUGACGCGGUUUAAUCCCGCAGCGAGUCCAUGAGAUAGCGACCGCAGCCCGCUCCUUAUCUGUCUUUCUUUUUACUUCAUCAUGCACUUCACACCCCUCUCGCCGCGAUGGCGGUCCGCUCUCGUGGGCGGACUUCUGGCUUCUUUAUCGUGGAUACCGAGCGGCGUUGUGGCCGAUAAGACCUCCGCAGACUACUUUGUCCACGAGCUGCCCGGCGCCCCCGAGCCCCUGCUGAAGAUGCAUGCAGGUCAUAUUGAAGUGAAUCCUGAACACAAAGGAAACCUCUUCUUCUGGCACUACCAGAACCGCCACAUCGCACAGAAGCAGCGGACGGUGAUAUGGCUGAACGGCGGCCCUGGCUGCAGCUCUAUGGAUGGCGCCCUAAUGGAAAUCGGGCCAUAUCGAGUCAGAGAAGGGGGCAAGCUCGAGUACAACAAUGGGUCCUGGGACGAGUUCGCGAACCUGCUCUUCGUGGAUCAGCCUGUCGGCACUGGUUUCAGCUACGUCAAUACAGACAGCUACCUCCACGAGCUUGACGAGAUGAAGGACCAGUUCAUGGUAUUUUUGGAGAAAUGGUUCGCCCUGUUUCCGGAGUAUGAGCACGAUGACCUCUACAUCGCUGGAGAAUCAUAUGCCGGCCAACACAUUCCAUACAUCGCGAAAGGAAUAUUGGAGCGAAACAAGGACGCCUCAAAGCGGCCAUGGAAGCUUUCCGGCCUUCUUAUCGGCAACGGCUGGAUAUCUCCCGUCGACCACUAUCUCUCGUACCUUCCCUUUGCAUACCAGAACAAUCUCCUCCAAGCAGGCUCGGAAUCUGCCAAGCGUGUAGAGAACCAGCAAUCUGCCUGCACGAAGAUCCUAAACGAGGGAGGUGCUGACCACGUCGACACGCCCCAAUGCGAAGCCAUCAUGGUCGGGAUUCUCGAGGAGACGAAGAAGAGGUCAGGAGACCCAAUGAAGAAGUGCAUGAACAUGUACGAUAUCCGCCUCCGAGACGAUGAUUCGUGCGGAAUGAACUGGCCUCCGGAUCUUGCCACGGUUACUCCCUACCUCCGCCGCCCUGAUGUUAUCCAAGCCCUCCAUAUUAACGCGGACAAGAAGACCGGCUGGACUGAGUGCAACGGCGCUGUAUCUGCCACUUUCCGGGCUAAGAACAGCAUCCCCUCAAUCAAAUUUCUCCCGGAUAUCAUUGCCCAGGUUCCGGUUGUUCUAUUCUCUGGCGACAAAGACCUUAUUUGCAACCAUCUAGGGACGGAGUCGCUGAUUGAUAGCAUGUCAUGGAACGGUGGCAAAGGCUUCCAACUCUCCCCAGGUGUCUGGGCUCCCCGCCGAGAUUGGACAUUUGAGGGAGAACCAGCCGGUACCUACCAAGAAGCCCGAAACCUCACUUAUGUGGUAUUCUAUAACUCUAGCCACAUGGUCCCAUUCGACUACCCUAGGCGUACACGAGACAUGCUCGAUCGAUUUAUGGGUGUCGACAUCAGUGCCAUUGGUGGAAAGCCCUCCGACAGCCGAAUUGAUGGCGAGAAGGGUCCGCUGGUUAGUGUCGGAGCGCACCCGAACUCCACCAAGGCUGAAGACGACAAGGCCAAAGAAUUGAAAGAAGCAGAGUGGAAGGCCUACUACCGUUCCGGAGAAGUCGCACUCGUCGUAGUCGUGAUUGCAGCGAGUCUUUUCGGAUGGUUCGUCUGGCGCGAUCGCCGCAGGCGCGCUCGUGCUGGAUACAAGGGUGUAGAUGGUGACGAAGGCCGUGAAUCUCUCAUCAUGGGCAUGGGGCUAGAAAACUUCAGAAGAAGAGACGGAAACCGGGAUCUUGAAGCUGCGGAUUUCGACGAGCGGGAGUUGGACGAGAUGGACGGUCCCAAGGGUGGCAAGAAGCCUAUGAACGGGCAUUCGAAUGGAAAGCUUACAGGGGAGAAGGAAAGAAUGCCACUGGCCCAGAAUGACUCAAGGUACAGCCUCGGAGAAGCAAGCAGCGACGGCGAGGGCAGCGGAAGCGAGCGGGACAGGAGAAUGGCGACGCGAGAGAAGUCGUGAUACUGAUUGGUGUAUUUUUUUUUAACUAUCAUUGACUUACUAUACCGGGCAAAAACGGGUAUCGCAGGCUUUCCAUCAAGACUCAAGACGGAACUAGCAUUCGUAUGGCGUAUGGCGUUUGAGGGACUGAGGAUUGGAUACUCGAGCCUAUACUACCUACUCAGUGUUGAGCAGCGAUGUUGUUGGAAUAAUUAUUUUUAUUAUAUCCAGUGUUUGAGGACUUCUUUUGACGUCAAGGGUGGCUUGAGGAUGAUGUUUACACGGGAGGAUAUGUCCUUGAUAAAUUGGUG